CCCAGGCGGUCAGUCUGUUCCGCCGCUGCCCAGCGAGAUUGCGCAGCGGCCGCUGAGCGCAGCCCCAGGGGGCCGUCCUGACGCCCGGCCAUGGCGGCGGUCAGCAUCAACGCGCUGCCCGAGACCCUCCUGCUGGAGCUGUUCACGCACGUGCCCGCCCGCCAGCUCCUGCUGCACUGCCGCCCGGUCUGCAGCCUCUGGCGGGACCUCAUCGACCUGGCCACCCUCUGGAAGCGCAAGUGCCUGCGCGAGGGCUUCGUCACCGAGGCCUGGGACCAGCCCGUGGCCGACUGGAAGAUCUUCUACUUCCUGCGCAGCCUCCACAGGAACCUGCUGCACAACCCCUGCGCUGAAGAGGGGUUUGAGUUCUGGAGCCUGGACGUGAAUGGAGGUGAUGAGUGGAAGGUGGAGGACCUGUCCAAAGACCAGAGGAAGGAGUUCCCCAAUGACCAGGUCAAGAAAUACUUCGUGACUUCUUAUUACACCUGUCUCAAGUCCCAGGUGGUGGACCUCAAAGCUGAAGGGUAUUGGGAGGAGCUGAUGGACACCACACGGCCGGACAUCGAGGUCAAGGACUGGUUCGCAGCCAGGCCUGACUGUGGGUCCAAGUACCAGCUGUGCGUUCAGCUCCUGUCGUCCGCACAUGCCCCUCUGGGGACCUUCCAGCCGGAUCCCGUGACGAUCCAGCAGAAGAGCGAUGCCAAGUGGAGGGAGGUCUCCCACACGUUCUCCAACUACCCGCCCGGCGUCCGCUACAUCUGGUUUCAGCACGGCGGCGUGGACACUCACUACUGGGCCGGCUGGUACGGCCCGAGGGUCACCAACAGCAGCAUCACCAUCGGGCCCCCGCUGCCCUGACCGCCCGCGCGCACCCAUCCACCGACCCCUGACUGGUAAAUUGUUGGGCUCAGGGCGGGGAGGCGGAAGUGGGCCGUCCCUGCCCCCUCCGUGUGUGCCCCCAGUUGCCUUCCGUCUGGGCAGUCCCCAUGAGCUGUGGAGCCAGCCCUCCCCCAUGGCCCCACUGGGAUGGUGGCAGGAGCUCGCGUGGGUCCCUCAAGGAGAUGGGGCGAGCAGUUCAGGGGGUGCAGGGCGUUCUCCCAGGCUCCCCUGCGAGUGGGUCUCCAAGCCUGGUGCCAACCUAGAGAGCUGUGUGUCUACCGGCCCCGCCACAGAGUGGGGACUGGUAAGAUGUGUGGCAAGCGUGCACGUGCUGGGUGGCCACCCUGGGGUCUGCCGCCCCUCCACUCUGUCUCUGCCUGUCCCCUGAGAGAGGCCCAGGUUGGGCCGGGCUGGGGCGUCCUCCCUGUCAGCCAAGCCCCGGAAGCCACGUGGCUCUCAGGGCCGACGCUCCCACAAGCCCCAGGGAAUCCUGCACAGGUGACCCGGGCAGGUGGGGGACAGGAUCGGGCCCCGACUUGGGGAGCUUGGAUGAGUGUGCGCCCCGGAUGAGUGUUGAAGGGGGUUCUCAGGGACCACCGAGUACCACCCACCUCCAAGUACCCCCUCCCCAUGCCCUUGGAACUGCUGCUCACAGGAUCCCACCCCACCCCCCACCCCCGCCUGUGCUGCAAGGACAGUGUUCUGACCUCGCCCUCUGCUUGAAGCCAAAUAAAAGGAGUUCCCAGGCCGACCUGUGCCGUGUGUCUUGUGGGUGGAAAGAUGGAGCCCGCAGGCGGCCUGCCUGGAGGAGGUGCCCGGGGUGG